UUGCUUGCGUGUGUCCGAUGUAGGAAAUGAAUCCUGCGGGUCGAGGGUUGCGCAAACCAUGCGUGAUAAACCCGAAAUUCAUCAGAUGAUCUUGAGCGGGGAGUAAUUUUAAUUUCAUGCAAAAAGCUUUGAAUACAGUGGACCAUCUUUGAAUUGAAGAACAAAGUGAUUCCGGCCGGAAUUUCGCUACUUCACAAGCAAGAAGAUGAGUCGUCGUCGUCAAGCAUCCAAUGCCUUGGCCUUAUUCAUGCUCGCGGCUGCGUCAGGUGACACUGAAUCGACCCUUGUCAUGUCUACAUCGACGAAUACGAUGGUUCCAACAUCAACCAUUUCUUUCGAAACAACCAGCGGUACUGUCGCAGGUUCAAGUGUCACAGACCAGACGACGGGAAGUGUAUCCACGACUAAAGAAACAACCCUUUCUUCUGGGUCAGUUUCUUUAACAGAAACAACAGCUCCUUCUACCUCCACUACUUCUAGCGGAAGCAAAGCUGCACCAGAUUCCACUACUACGGCAACAACCACAACAGUUUUGGGGUCUACAGCAAUUGGUGGCACCUCGACGCCCACUGGUUCAACGACCGCCAGUGGUGGAACAACUGUGUCUUCUGGUUCAACUACUACUGGUGGGGGGACCACGUUGCCGUCUGGUGCAACUGCUACCGGUGCUGGUGGAACCACGUUGCCUUCUGGUUCAACUUCUACCGGUGGUGGAACAACGUUGAAAUCUGGUUCAACUGCAAUAGGUAUCACAACGACCGCUUCAGGAACAACCAUUUCAGGAGGAACAACGACACUGUCAGGGUCUAGCACUACCACAAAAUCUGGCUCAUCCACAAGUGGUGGCACUACCACUCCGUUAAAUACUGUCAGUACUACAGGAGGAUCCACAGUCACGUCAGGCUCUACGACGACGGGUUCUGAUGCAUCAUCGACCGGAACAGUCGGAUUUUGCCGAUCACACGACGGAGACGCGCUGGGGAAAUGCUUUCACGAUUACGUUGUAACCCUGCCGAAUGACCUUUCGACGUACAACGCAAUUCAGGCAGGAGCUACGAAAUACUUCUCUUCGUCAAAUUUGGAUGAAGCAGAUAUGCAGCGAUCGCUACUCCGUCUGACCCCAAAUGCUGCUUUCAAUGUCAUGACAGGCAUUCGGGCAGUUUUAAAAGCUCAACGAGUUCGAGUCGUCUACAAAACGCAAUUCCUGACUCAAGCUUCGGAUUUUCAGACCGGUGUUGGCACUACUGUGAGCGAUUUGGCCGAUGGUUAUCUUUUUUAUUCCAGUUAUGAAUCAGGAAACCAACUAUCCCUGGAUGACGUCAAGACGGAGAUUUCGGCCCUUCUGAGUUUAUUUGAGAAGCAAAUGUCUCCCAGAGUGUUUGCAAUCGCUCUACGAAAAGUGCCACCCUUGUACUUGAAGCCGAUCAUACUCAAUCUGCAAAUGUAUUACGUGGAAGAAUACAAGAAUUUGAGUCACCCGAAGUCAGACGAGUUGAUAAGAAAUGUCGCAAGCAAUUUCAGCGUGCUUUUGGAAAGGAACAAUGGAAUACAACAUGCCCUUGUUGUGACAUCCUUGACGCCUGGAAGCGUAGAUCUGAAUGCGGAGGUUACCUACGAGAAAAUCAACCCAAACACUACAACUGACCCUUUGACGUCGGUAGAGGAGGGGCUGAAAAAAGAUCCCAAGAUCGGUUCAAUUGCUAUAAACCCGGAUAAAUCUGUCAUCGGAACCACUGCCUCUUUCGGCGACAAACUCAUGAACAACAAAGGUCAAGACCACAAAAUGCUGAUAGCCGUCACCGUGCCAUCAUUCAUUGGGAUAUUCUUAUUCAUCCUGCUCAUCCUUUGCUGCACUUCCGCGGCAUUCACGCCAUCCAAAAUGAAGAAACCGAGUGCUUGAACAUUUCAUAAGAGUUUUCUUUCGAACGAUGCCCAGGCGACAAAUGUUGGCUUUCAAAGCAAGAUGAGGAAGCCCUCCUUCAUGAUCAUUCACGCCGUGGUGAAAAAAGAACAAAUGAAAGCAUCAAUGAUGAGUCAAUUUUUCUCGCCUGGGUGUCCUUCAGAUGGAAAAUUCCUAUUUCAAUUUGAAAAUAUUGCCGUUACUACUCGGAUGUGUUUCAUGUUUGUGGAAAAAAAAAACACCACCACUUGACGCAAAGAA